GGGGUGGCCGCCCUCGCCGGAGACCUCGCUGCCCUGCGUCCCCCGGGAGCAGCUGAUGGGGCCGUUGGAAUGGGAUUUCAAGCGAGGGCCCAGAGGCUCACAGUCCUCAGGAACCAGCAUCACCGUGGACAUCGCGGUGAUGGGGGAGGCCCACGGCCUCAUCACCGACCUCCUGGCCGACCCUUCCCUGCCCCCCAGCGUCUGCACCUCCCUGAGGGCCGUCAGCAACCUGCUCAGCACGCAGCUUACCUUCCAGGCCCUGCACAAGCCCAGGGCCGGCCCGCUGGUGGCCUUCAGCGACCACGCCUGCUCCGACUCCGAGGACAGCGCCGACAAGGACAAGCUGGCCGUGACCAAGCGCCUGAGAAGGAGUUUGCCCCCAGGCUUGAUGCGAAGAGUCUCAUCCACUUGGACUACCACCACCUCAGCCACCGGCCUCCCCACCCUAGAACCCGCCCCGGUGCGGAGAGACCACAGUGCCACCACCAAGCUGCAGGAAACUCCAUUGCCCAGUGCUGUUAAUUCUGACUCUUGGAAUAACCCAGUCCUCAUGACCCUCCCUAAAAGCCGAUCCUUUACUUCGUCUUACGCUGUUUCUGCAGCCAAUCAUGUGAAGGCCAAAAAGCAAAAUCGCCCAGGUGCCCUGGCUAAUAUCUCGCCUCUCACGUCAUCCUGCCCCUCUCCGCUCCAAGGGAGCCCUGUACACAGCCCAGUGAGCAAAGUAUCUGCACAGCAGUUUCCAGAAGCUGCAGACACCACCACCAAACAAGGCCCGGGUCCUCACCGCCCCCUAACCUACACUCAGAGUGCCCCCAACCUGUCCCCUCCUGCCCUCCCUCCACCCUCCAUAUGUAGCAGCUGCGGGAGACCGUAUUCCCAAAGGAACACUGCCGAAGGAGACCUCGAGUCAGGUAGAGGGGCCACUCUAACUCCAAACAGGACAGAUGACACUGUCCAGGUGACAUCAGACUAUGACACCAACAACAACAGUGACAGCAGUGACAUUGUCCAGAACGAAGAUGAGGCCCGGUGCCCCAGGGAACCCCCAAGAGAGGCAGCCGCGGGCAGUCCCUUCCCUGCAGAGUCCAUGCUGUUCUUGGACAAACCAAUUCUUGCCCCUGAGCCUCUAAUCAUGGAUAAUCUGGGUUCAAUAAUGGACCAGCUCAACACCUGGAAUUUCCCCAUUUUUGACUUAGUGGAAAAUAUAGGAAGAAAAUGUGGCCGUAUUCUCAGCCAGGUUUCCUACCGACUCUUUGAAGACAUGGGCCUCUUCGAAGCUUUUAAGAUCCCCCUUAGAGAAUUUAUGAAUUAUUUUCACGCGUUGGAGAUUGGAUACCGAGACAUUCCUUAUCACAACCGAGUCCACGCCACGGACGUGCUGCACGCCGUGUGGUACCUGACCACGCAGCCCAUCCCCGGCCUGGCCAUGGUGCUCAGCGACCACGGUGCGCCUGGUGAUGCAGACGCGGAGGCGCUGGCGCGCGGGCGCAUGGGCUUCGUGUCGUCGCGGAUGCUGGGCGCACGGGACGGGCGCUACGGGAGUCUGUGCGGGAACAUCCCCGCGCUCGAGCUCAUGGCGCUCUACGUAGCCGCCGCCAUGCACGACUACGACCACCCGGGCCGCACCAACGCCUUCCUCGUGGCCACUGGGGCGCCCCAGGCCGUGCUGUAUAACGACCGGUCCGUGCUAGAAAACCAUCACGCCGCCGCCGCCUGGAGCCUCUUCAUGUCUAGACCCGAGUACAACUUCCUAGCCAACCUUGACCACGUGGAGUUCAAGCAUUUCCGCUUCCUUGUCAUUGAAGCCAUUCUAGCCACCGACCUGAAGAAGCACUUCGACUUUGUCGCCAAAUUCAAUGCCAAGGUGAAUGAUGACGUGGGGAUUGACUGGACCAAUGAGAACGACCGUCUGCUGGUGUGUCAGAUGUGCAUCAAGCUGGCGGAUAUCAACGGGCCGGCCAAGUGCAAAGAGCUCCACCUGCAGUGGACGGAGGGCAUUGUCAAUGAGUUCUAUGAGCAGGGGGAUGAAGAGGCCAGCCUCGGUUUACCCAUCAGCCCCUUCAUGGACCGCUCCGCCCCGCAGCUGGCCAAUCUGCAAGAAUCCUUCAUCUCGCACAUCGUGGGGCCUCUGUGUAACUCCUACGACUCGGCCGGCCUCAUGCCGGGACAGUGGGUGGAGGACAGCGACACGGAUGACCCCGAAGAGGAGGAGGAAGAGGAGGAGGAGGAGGAGGAAGACGAGGAGGACGAGGAGGAGGAAGGAGCAGCAACACACGAAGACAAAACCUGUGAAAAUAGCAAACCUCCCGGGAAGAGAACCUUCAAGACCAGGAGGAUCCACUGCCAAAUUACCCAGCACCUCCUGCAGAAUCACGCUAUGUGGAGAAAAGUUAUCGAGGAAGAACAGCGGACAGCCGGGGCGGAAAAGCCAUGCGAGGCCCCAGCUGGACAGCAGCCUGCGGCCGACCAGAUUCAAGCUAUCGAGGAGGAAGACGAAGCCAAAGCCAGGACCCAGGAGACCUCAGCUCCACGACCUGCACUGUGACCCCCAGGCAGAACCAAACUACUUUAGUAGUUGUUCCUCCAUUCCUCACACAGACUCUUUUCAAGCCAGUACAAUCGUAGACACAACACUGUAGAAACCCAAGACGAAGAAGCAAAAUGGCGAAGGCAUUUUGUGUGUAGGGGACGGGGAAGGGAAUUCCUCACCUUUUAUAUAUUCUUUUUUUUUUUUUUUACAGUGAGGUACAUGGCGGGAAACUAUUAUUAUUAUUAUUAUUUUUGCUUCCAAAGAAGCUCAUACAUUGCAACAUCGGCUCUGAAGGAAUAAUUUUUUUUUGUUAAGGAAAAAAUAUAUAUGUGUGUGUGUAUGUCUAUAUACAGUAAAUUCCCACAGCCAUGCACUAUGUACUUUCACAAGCACGCAUGUGCACACACGCCAAAAGACAACAUGACUUGGCUUCACCACGUAGUAAUGUUUCUAUUCAGACAGGUAGGGGGUCACUGUGAUAGAAUUCUAGGGUGGGGGUUAAUAAUUAAAAAAAAAAGAUAUCACAAGGAAAAUGAUGCCGUUUAGCAUGGAAACUGGGCACCCAAUGUGUUUCUUUUUCUUUUUCUUUUUUUUUUUUGAACCCACUAAGAAGAUUUGUAGAUUUGUUCUUUGUACCCAGGGAUGAAUAUUCUAGAGAAUUAUUAUUUGGAUUCUGAUAGAACCUGCCAACUUUGUGCACACACAGGAGAGAGAGAGAGAGAGGCACAGUGGAAGGCUGUGUGUGUAUAGAGUUGUUGUGUGAUGAGAACAACAGCAUUGCCACAUCCAAUGACUCCAUACGUGUGAGAACAAAUAGCAGAACGUUCACCCUGGGUAGUUUUUGUUUUUGAAGACAGCCAUGCCCAAUGCCUCUUCAAAUCCCACCUUCCAUAAAGAUUUUCCUCUGCAGAUACAAGACCAGUCCUAAGCCACAGGGACUGGCAGUACCGCUGGUCACCACGCAGGGGCGCUCUCGCGCCAGCCUCGCCUCUGCAGGACAGGGUGUGUAAGAGAACCGAUUUGAUCAUAAACAAUUAGGAAAUUGGGGAUGGCAGUGUCAUUCCUUAUGGGUAAAGAUCUGAAAGGAAUAGCACGGAAGAUGAUGCCUUCACCGCAGUCAGAAUCCUGUGUCCUCUCAAUUCACUGCCAAAAUGUGUCGGAGAAUAUUUAAAAUAAUAAAAAUACCCAGCCAAAGAGAAAUUCCACUCUGGGCUAGAUAAUAAGAAAUAAAAGGGAGUGGCGUACUUGAUUAGGCAGGGAAUGAUGGAAGGAUUUGGGCUAGUGUGGAAAGAUGGUAUCUUUGGGGGGAGGGGGUUGUUUUCUUUUUGCUGUUGUUUGUUGUCAUUUUGAUUUUGUUUAUCUACACCUGUUUAUGCUGUGAGCCAAAAACCUCUAUUUAAAAGGAAAAAAUGGAUAUUCGUUUCAAUAUUUUAUUUCCUAUUAUUAUAUAUGUCAUGAAUACGUUACCUUGAUGUAAAUAUAAAGAUUUUGUUUUGUUUUGUUUCUGUAGAUAGUGAACUCCUCUUUUUUUAAAAAAAAAAAAAAAAGGAGGGGGGAAGUGAAAAGGGAAACGUUUUUAUAAAGUAAUAUUUUAAUCACCGUUUUUAUACAUUGUAGGUAUAAGUUCAAGCCCGGGAAACAGGGUGAGAUUUGUUUUCAUUGAACUCUGUGGAUCGCCAUUUGCCUCUUCUCAUUUAAAUGAUAACCUGAUACACAUAUUUUUUGCUAAUUAAUAGGUGAAACUGCAAAAUAAUUCAACAGUCGCUUUUUUUUCCCCCCAAUAGUAACUUUUGCUAACUGAAUACAUUUGAGGUCUUUAUCUACAACACAUCCCCCCUUCCCAAAUUAAUCUUUCACAAGUGUUCAUGACUUUCUUAACCAAUAUCAAACUU